UGUGGGUGCAUUUAGCUCAGAGAAUGUAGAAGCCAAUUGGAGCUCUGGCCUCUUUGAAGGAAGCCAGGUCACUCAUUCAUAUCAGAGAGAGAGAGACAGACAGAGACAGAGACAGAGAGACAAAGAGAAAGAGAGAGAGAGGAAGAGAGAGAGAGAGGAAGAAGGAGGAGGAAGAGGAGAAGAAGAAGCCCGUGACCUUCUAAACACGGAUUUAAGUAAUGGUGCAUGGAAGACAGCCUCAAGUGACUUACCAGCUGACCAUGGACAACCCCAAUGGAAGACUGUCUGAACUUCAUAGAAAUCAUUUCAGUCUCAGCUGCUGGAGUGAAGGGAUUAUGGUGUCAGACAAAGUCUGGAGCUGCUACCCAAUGAACUGGACGCCAUUUGGUUCCAACUGAUACUUCAUUUCUACUGUCUGCACAUCUUGGAGAAAGAGUGAGAAGUGCUCCAGCAUGGGCACUCAUCUGCUGGUGAUCCACAGCCCGGAAGAACAGAAUUUCAUCACCAGGAUCCUGGACCCUGGUGAUAACUAUUUUAUAGGGCUGGGGGAUCCAGGUCAUCGACAGUGGCGAUGGGUUGAUGGGACACCAUACAAUGAGAUUGCCACCUAUAUUUUAGGUAAUUGGACUGGAGAAUUCCAUACUAUGAUGGAGCAGCUGAGAGUGGCCAUUGUUACGGUAAAUUCUACCAGAGUGGACCCAGGACUACUCACAGGAUUAUCAUCAUGGAUUGCUGCAGCCAUGAAUCAUCUGAAAGAAUGGGUGGGCAUGGGAGCGUUAGCAGGCCUUCGGGUGUUGGUCUCCUUGGUUUGUCUGUGGUGUAUAUGCAAGAUUAGAGUCUCACAACAGCGUAAUGCAGCCAUGAUCAUUCAGGCCUUUACAGCCAUUGAAGCAGGACAGUCUCCCCAAGCAUGGUUGGCUACCAUAAAAAGCUAAAAUGUUAUGCUCAGGAUGCGAGGCUAAGCACUGCACUCAGGGUCAGCUGCUUUGGACCCAGAGAAGAGCAUGUCUGAUUGCAUGCGGGUUGAUGCCCCAGGUCCCGCCUCUGAGAAAAAGGUAUCGGACAGGUCUGAUGCUCUUUGGGUGGAUGACACCUAAAUGAACAUUGGUACAAAGUCCCAAUUUAUUUCUAAUAUCAGAGAUCAAACCUCUACUCUUGCCUGAUGCGUCUAAAACAGAAAGGGGGAACUGUAGAGAGCUGCGUAAUGCCGCACCUUAAAGAUGGAGCUGGUUUCCGCCUUCCACCUUCCCAAUGGUGAGUGCUCUCUGUCACAAACAACUCCAUAUUUGGUUAAGGCUGAGUAUCUGGCUUGCUUCCCUGUAUGUGGACCUAUCUGCAUUGCCCACAAGGCACGCUGGGGUUGGUUACCCAGAGGCUAUUUAAGCUGUGGGCUGGCUUUCCCCAGGGUCAGAAGAUUGUUCAAGGUUCCUGAAUAAACUGCAUUGAGAAGAAGAAGAACAACAAAAAGAUCAGAAAGAAGGAGAGGAGGACCUCCCCUAUCAGUGGACUUGGGGAGAGGC